AGACUAGACUGAGACCAUGAGCAGAGCAAAAGAGGAGACUUUAUUGUCCUUUAAAAUGAAUUUCUCUCUCUUUAUUCUUCUUGUUAUCCCAUUCUGUCUUGCUACAGACCCUCUCAACUCAGAAGAAGGUCAGAAAAUAACAUUCUCUGAAGACAAUGAGCUACAGUAUGAGGAAGACGAGUCUGCAGCAGAAACUGAUGAUGACUAUGAUAACUAUCGGUGGGUAGCAGUGGAUAAAGAGGGCGUUGAGACAGAAGGGACUCUUGAAGAAGCAAGAGCUUUAUUCCUGGAAGAUAGUGACAAUCUGCAAGAGAACAGCGACCCUGCAACCUCUGCUCCCUCACUAGAGGACGAGUAUGACCCUAGCACCAGCUCUCCUAAUGAGGAGAGAAAUGAGUUUGUUAGUGAAAUGCUCAAGCAAAUCCAAAAACGACGAGUUUUCCGACCGGACGAACGUCGCAAAGUCUCUCCAGUGAAUCGAUACCCAUACACAGCCAUUGGUCAGAUAGAGUGUGGUUGUACUGGUACACUCAUAGCUAGGAGGACCGUCCUAACUGCUGCUCGCUGCCUCUAUCGGAGGAGAACCGGUUGGAACCGAAGGCUCAACUUUCAUCAGGCCAAAGACUGUAAUCCUGAUCAGGGAGCUGCCUUGAACUGGACCCGAGCUGUAGUCUAUAGGGCAUGGACGAGGAAUGAGUCACCUCGAAAUGACAUUGGUAUCAUAAUACUAGCAUGCCCAUCCGUUUCCUUUAUGCCGAUCGGUUAUACAAACCGGAGAGCUUUAAGACGGAGCUUAACCUACAACGCUGGGUAUCAGUGUGACAAACCCAACCAGUGCCUCUGGAGGACUUCGUGUCGUAUUUCCGGUUUUUCAGGUUAUGGCUCAACCCAGCUACGUCACCAGUGUGAUACCAAUAGGUGCUCCAUUGGUAGUGCUUUGUACCAGUAUCAAAGGAGAGGAAGAGGUAGAGGAAGGAUGGUUAUAUAUGGUAUCCAUGUCAGAAGCUUAACAACUCAUAAUCGUGCUACUAGGAUGACAAGGAGGCAUGUGAGGACAAUGAGGAGGUGGAUCAGGAGGUUCAACGGGAACUGAACUCAACCCUCAAGAGAGAGAACAAACAAUAGUAGCUAGUGCAACUAGUGCAGUGUGUUAGUCAGCAGUGACUUUAGAAUUUGUCAAUUAUUAAAUCCUUUCAUUUUCGUUUUUAUUGUUCCCUAUAUCACAACUGCUUAUUGUUUUCAAUAAAAUUAUGAUAAUAACAAAAAA